CCACAUUGGGCAGAUGGUCCUGGGGAUGCUCCUGGGCCCCCCUCCCCCGGCUCCCAGCGUCCCCAGCCUCUGCUCCUGGGAAUGGUCCAGGCUGGACCCGGUGUGGUCGGAGCCCAGUCUGGCCAGUCCCCAGCGGGACGCCCGGAGGGUGGGCUCAUUCCCUGGAGAGCCCCGUCUUGGCCUGUGGGUUCCUGGGUGGGGCCGUGCCCGGCGCUGGGAGGUGAGCAGGGCCUGGGGCUGGGGCAGCUCUGUGUCCUCUCCACCUUCGUACCACCCGUGGGCUCCAGGGCUCCCUUCCCGCCCCAAGCUCAGGGUCAGCGGCCACCACCUGGAUUUCUGCCUCUGCGCUCCAGAACCCCGUCCUUCUGCCUGUGGACGAGGAAAUCAAUGCCAGGUCCUGGAAGUGUUGAAGAGAAGCCAUCGCUGUCAACGUGCACCCUGGGAAAGCUACCCAGCCGUCUGUGCCUCAGUUUCCUGCUCUGUAGAAUGGGAAUCACAACGACGGCGCUGUCCCAUUAGGGGACACAGAUGCACCUGCAUGACACCAGGGACAGCGGGGCUCAGUCCAAGGCUCUCCAGACUCAAAAGCCCAUGCACCAGCCUCCAGCAGACCCUGCCUCUGGAGUCCAGGAGGGACGAGGGACGAGGGCCCCAGACCCUGAGGGCCCAGCAACCAGGGUACCCCGCAGAGCUGUGUCAGUUGCCCCAGACCCCUCUCAGCAUCCUACCACCGCAGGCCUCAGGAGGGAACGGGCACCAUGGAAACACUGCUGACACCUGGCGUGUCCCCUGCCUGCCCCCGGAGAGUGCCCGGCCGGGGUUCAGCACCCGGACUGAGCAGGGAAACCUCUCCUCACAGGAAGCCUCUGCGCUAAUAGUGAUGACCACACCAGAGGCCCGUGGAGUUUCCAGCCUCCAGGAACAGGAGCAGAAGAAAUGUCUUGUCUUUAUAAAUUACCGAGUCUGUGAUAUUCCAUUACAGCUGCAGCAGACGGACUAAGACCCUCCGUUUCUACCCGUAGGCAUCUGAUACAACGGUCGCCUUGAAAAUUCAUGGAAGAAGGCUGCUCCAAAACCAAUUUCCUGCUCCAUAGCAUCUGCCUUUGGAGAAUCUCAUAUAAAUAAGGAACCAGGUGCAGAUGUGGAAACUCAGUAGGCUCUGACCGUGUCAUUCCAAAUGGAGAGGGUGAUAAACGCCCAUUAGAAUUCAAAUAAAUAUGAACUUCAGCAAAAGGAAAAAUGUGACGUGACCCUGCAGCCUCGGCUAAACAUGGUAGAAAUUACCCUUCAGAGAAGCGGAACAGACGGGCAUUAAAAAGUCACCUUCCUUAACUCGCACGUAUGUUACAAUUCAUUUCCAGACAUGAACGUUGUAUGGAGAUUUCAGCUGCUGAAUUAUACACCUUGAUUCUUGCAUACAGAGGACUCAAAAAAUUUCCCCCAAAGGCCUAAAUAACGAUGUUCAGCCUGACUUUUCCUUCGACACACAGAAGAGGAUGGGCCACCCUUUCUGGAACUCUACCCCCAGGACAUGCAGUGAAAGUCACAGAUAAAGAACCAGGCUGGAGAGCCAAGGGCAUCAAAAAGGGCAGUAAUGCCUCGGUGGUGCAGCCAUGGGAAGGACGGGGCCAGGACAGUCCACAGCACCGCUCCCUCUGGGUAGCACGCCCACGGUGACCACUCUCGCCAUCUUCACUGGGAACAGGGAUGGAGCUCUGCAUGGCGACUCCGAGGAGCACAGGACGGAAAGGGGGAACAGUCACUUUAAAGGGGAGAAACCCGGCAGCCAGACCUCAGCUGGGAAUCAAGGUCCACGUCGGCCAUGAUGUCUGGUUCAUAACAGGGGCCCCCAAUAUGGCAUGAGAGACACCCCCUUACCUCUGGACGCCCCAGGCUCAUCAGGAGCAAGGCACCGGAGGAAUCCCAACAGAGCCAGUGUGCACAGGACGCCUGGCCAGUCCCGCUCAAAGCUGUGAAGGUCAUGAAAUCCAGGCCAGUCUGAGAAAAGGUCACAGCCACCAGCAGCCCAGGGAGACAUGACGACCAAAGGUCACAGGGGGUCCCGGAGGGGAGCCUGGGAUGGAAAAAGGACUUCGAGGAAGCUAAUAACUCAUGACCGAAACGUAGGUUCGCAGUGAUGCAUCCGUAACCAUGACGAAUGUCCUGUGGCAAGAGAAGAGGUUAGUGACAGGGACGUGGGAUGGGGGCUGGGAGGACUCUGUACAGUCUCCACAACUCCUCAGAAAACCUAAAACUGGGACCUGGCACAGUGCCUCAUGCCUGUAAUCUCAGCCCUUUGGGAGGCCAAGGUGGACGGAUCAUGAGGUCAGGAGUUCAAGACCACCCUGGCCAACAUGGUGAAACCCCAUCUCUAUUAAAAAUACAAAAAUUAUCCAGGUGUGGUGGUGGUCACGUAGUCCCAGGUACUCAGGAGGCUGAGGCAGAAGAACUGCUUGAACCCAGGAGGUGAGGGUUGCAGUGAGCCGGGAUUGCACCACUGCACUCCAGCCGGGGCGACAGAGCGAGACUCCAUCUCAAAAAAAAAAAAAAAAUAGGAAAUGGUAGGUGCUGAGGUUGCAGAAUCAGAG